CAGACCAACCGCAGCUAGUUAGCAGAUAACGUAAACACUGGUACAUCUUUGGGGAGAUAGGGCGGUUUUAAUGGUUUAGCUUUUGUUUUCUUAAUCCCAGUUUACUGCAUAAUAACUACAGGAUGCGGUAGCUAAGCUAAAUGCUUUGUGCUCAGCCAUGUUUGUUUGGAUCUCGGAUUUUCUAAGGCCUUGAAGUUGUCCUGCUAACGGAUGCCCAUGAUUCAGCUGGAGAAACCGGUGCUGACUGGUACCAUGCCAGUGGUAUGGCCCACCAUCCUUGACCUGGGCAGGGAUGAGUGCAAAAGAAUUCUCCGUAAACUGGAGCUGGAGGCUUAUGCUGGAGUUAUCAGCGCCCUGCGAGCCCAAGGAGACCUGACAAAGGACAAGAAGGAUCUCCUGGGGGAACUCACUAAAAUCCUUGGUAUCUCAACUGAGCGCCAUCGUGCAGAAGUCCGCAGGGCUGUCAAUGAUGAACGCCUCACCACCAUUGCAUAUCACAUGUCCGGUCCUAACAGCUCGUCUGAAUGGUCCAUCGAAGGACGCCGCCUCGUUCCCCUGAUGCCGAGGCUGGUCCCUCAGACAGCUUUUACUGUCACUGCUAACGCGGUGGCCAGUGCCACAGCCAAUCAGAAUGCCUCCCUCCUGCUGCCAGCUGAAACAGGAAACAAAGAAGUGGUUGUAUGUUACUCCUACACUAGCACCACCUGCACCUCCACCAGCGCCACAGCGACCAGCGGCACUAUCGGAGCCACGGUGAAAUCCCCACGACCACCCAGCCCCACAUCCAACGUGGUGGUGCUGCCCAGCGGGAGCACGGUCUACGUAAAAAGUGUAAGUUGUUCCGAUGAAGACGAGAAGCCUCGCAAGCGAAGGCGGACCAACUCUUCCAGCUCGUCGCCGGUGAUGCUGAAGGAGGUUUCCAAGGUGUCUCCGCCGGUUUCCAAGAACAUCACGGUGCCGGUGAGCGGCAGCCCCAAGAUGAGCAACAUAAUGCAAAGCAUCGCUAACUCCCUGCCGCCCCACCUGUCCCCCGUCAAGAUCACCUUCACCAAGCCCACCAUCCAGACCACCAACACCACCACACAGAAGGUGAUCAUCGUGACAACUUCUCCGAGCUCCAACUUUGUGCCCAACAUCCUGUCCAAGUCUCACGCCCACAACAACGCAGCUGUGUCCAAGCUGGGCUCCACCUCCAUGCUGACCACGCCCACCCAGAAACAGACAGUGGUGUUUCCUGCCAGCUCCAGCCCCUCCACCAACCCCAACACCGUCGCCGUGACCACAGUGGUCUCCUCCACUCCCUCAGUGGUCAUGUCGACAGUCGCACCGUGUAGGUCCUUCCUCGGUGGUGGUUCAGCUGGAGUGAAGGUCGCUUCAGCCAGACUUCCUUCACCCAAGACGCUGGUGGGGUCACCCACUCAAAUCCUGGCCCAGUUCCCCAAACAGCAGUCGCCCAAACAGCUGCAGCAGAGCUCACCUUUAGGAGUCUCCAGCGUCGGUCAGACCCAGACCACCUCCACCUCCCCUGGGACCAAGCCCACCAUUCAGAUCAAACAAGAGUCCGGAGUGAAGAUCAUCACUCAGCAGGUUCAGCCCAGCAAAAUCCUGCCCAAGCCUUCAUCAGUGGCUCUGUCCAGCAGCAGCUCCUCUCCCAUCAUGGUCGUCAGUAGCAACGGAGCCAUCAUGACCACCAAACUGGUCACUCAGCCCACAGCUACUCAGGCCACCUAUACAAGACCCACUGUCGGCCCCAACAUCGGCGCCAGAAUAUCAGCCUCCAGUGGCGGCACCACCUACGUGAAGACCACCAGCGGCAGCAUCAUCACUGUUGUGCCCAAGUCACUGGCCACUCUGGGCGGGAAAAUCAUCAGCAGCAACAUCGUGUCUGGCACGACAACUAAGAUCACGACCAUCCCCAUGACCUCCAAGCCAAAUGUCAUCGUGGUGCAGAAAACAACAGGAAAAGGAGCGACUAUCCAAGGACUGCCGGGCAAGAACGUGGUCACCACGCUUUUAAAUGCUGGGGGUGAGAAGGGCUUACAGGCCGUUCAGGGGACCAAACCAGCGAUCAUCACCGCCUCCAGACCCAUCACCAAGAUGAUUGUCACCCAGCCCAAAGGCAUGAGCUCUGGAUCCCAGUCCACCGCCACCAAGAUCAUCCCAACCAAGAUCGUGUACGGCCAGCAGGGCAAGACUCAGGUUCUCAUCAAGCCGAAGCCAGUUUUCCAGACGGCGGUGGUGAGCGAACAGACCAGGCAGCUGGUCACCGAGACGCUGCAGCAGGUGACCCGCUCCGCAGACCUGAGUCAGGGUCAGACCACGGGCUCGGACGGCUCCACAAAGGACGAGGUCGCCAGCUUCACGGAGACUAGCAGCUUAGCUGGUGAGGUCUCCCAUGGCAGCGCUCAAGAGCCGCAGCCUGUAGUGCAUGUGGUGUCCUCCAGAGAGCAGGAUUGGACCGAGCAGGAAGUAGCUGUGGAGUCCAGCCCCACUAUUAUCUAUCAGGAGGUGUCUGCCGGGGAAUCCCAGUCCGCCACUUCCACCAUCAAAGCCCUGCUGGAGUUACAACAGACAACCGUUAAGGAGAAAGGAGAGUCCAAACUGAGGCAGCACACUAUUGACCUGAGCCAGUUGGCCGUGCCCAUCCAGCUGGCCCAGGAGAAGAAGCCCAGCCCGGAGUCCCCCAGACCCUCCACCUCAGAGGCUGAACCCAGCACCGAGUACAUCACGGCAGGUAAAGUCAGCAGAGUGGGAGUGUCCUCGGAGGAUGAUGAUGUGGUCAUGUCCUCCAGUCAGCAGCUGGGGAAGCCCUACAAACCGGCUGCCAUCUCGUCUGCAGCCGCAGCUUCUCACGUCAGCCAAGUGCCGUCUGACAGCCUUGGUAAAACUGAGACCGUGUUAGAGGCGGGCGAGCUGGAAGGCGACACCUUGGACCCCCAGACGGGAUUGUUCUACCGCUCCACCCAACCAGCUGCAGAUCCCGUGAAGCAAACCACCCACUCCGCGGGCGCUCAGCCACCACCUGUGAGUCAGGCCGAGGCGGAGCAGAGCCGGCACAGCUCCACCUCCACCUCCACCUCCACCUCCACCCCCACCCAGGCGCCACCGCCACCACCACAGCUGCAGAGCAAACCUCAGAUUAGCCAGCCUUCCUCCUCCUCCACCGCCUUCCCCUCCACUCCACCUCUGACUAAGAAACUCCCUAAGCUACGAGAGCAGAGUCAGCCCAAGCCCCAGGCCUUAACCCAGAGCCCCAAAGACAGACCGCUGGCUGCACCGGUGCAGGCCGCGCCAAAGGUCACGACCCCGGGCACACCGACCAAGCACCUUGUGACGCCGCAGCUCCCGAAGCUCCAGCAAGCCCCCACGUCCCACCACAGGCCCCUGCACACACCCAUGUCCCACCCUCCUCCACUGCAGGCGCACCACCCCAUCAGCACUGAAAAGACUGCAUCCAGCCAGCAGCCAAUCAUCACACAGAGCGCUACCGUCACCAAAAUCACCUUCGGCAGCUCCCACCACACGUCGCCAGUCUUCAGCAGCGGCGAGGCCGCCGCCAAGCUGAUCCCCGAGUCCAGCUCUGGGCCCCCCGGAGACAAGCCCUCAGUGUCGGACAUCCUGAAGAUCUCCAUGAUGGAGGCGGAGAUCGAUCCGAGCACGGAGCCCAUGGUGGUGGAUUCCUCCAGCGACUGCGGCCCCCUGGGGAAAGCUCUGGAGGUCCAGGCCGUGUCGGGGACGCUGGACUCUGGCCAGUUCAUCAGCAGCUCCGGGGCCGCCAUGCACCAUUCCCACACGAAGGCGCAGCAGUUCAGCUGCAUGCAGGGCCUCACUGCACAGAGGAGCAAAGAAGACCUGGAGGUUAUUGAGGUGAUUCCUCAGUACUCCAUCUUGCCGGACUCCAGCCAGUCCAACGUGGUGGUGGAGCCCAGCGGCUUCCUGGAGAUCACCAACUACACCAGCCAGCAGCUGGAGGAGGACAGCCCCAUGGAGCAGGAGGUGGACAGCAGCAACGACGAGGCGGCGGCAGCCAGCCCCCCCGACCAGCCGUAGCCGCUCCACGUCAGAGACACCGACGGGAGCAGAACGAGCAGACGUAGCGAUUUGUUCGAGGCCUCGGACCCAGCGGACAAAGACCUUCUGGUUGCUUUUUUACAGAGCAAGAGCAAGAAUGUUUUCAGUUGUGUAAAAUAUUAGUUUGUUCAUAAUAUACCUAGUGUUUUUUUCCUCCCCACAACUAAUGGCACAUGUGGUUUUUAUUGCCAGCGAGGAGUGCUGGAUGUAAAAUGUGGGAGUGAGGUGAAAGGAUUAGUUGUAGUCCAUUUCCAGACAGUUGGACAGCAGCCUCUCAAAACAUCUUUAAUUGUUCCAGUAUGUUUACAUUGUUACUUAAAGGACUUUGCAAGACAUUUACACAUUUAUGAAAUAGAUUAUCUGUAAGUUUUGGUACUGUGCCUUGUGCCGCUGUACUGCAUUUCCAAAACACACUGUUUUUACAGGCCUGCAUAUAUGUUGAAUCUUGUCCAGAGCGUUUCAAAUACAUGUUUCCCAGUAACUUCGGUCACACAGAUUUUUGUACAGAGUGACUCUCCUGUUGCAUAUGAACGUCUUUUAAUGACUUGAAGGUUUUAUCGUCGGAUGAACUGUUUUUGUUUCGCCUUUGAUCGACUUUGUAACAGAGAAAACUCAGAUGCUUAUGGGAUUUAAGUUUUGAGAAGAGAGAAGAAAGCUGGAGCAGACUGAACUGUUCUGUGAAACAUAGAGUCCUGGAGGAAGGAUGGAGUCCAACAUAUGUGUUACUGCUCAUUGUAAGUGUAAUGUAAAAAAAAAAAAAAUGAAUUAA